AUGCCUUCCUUCGCUUCCUUCGCUAUCGCGCUCACCAUGGGCAUGGGCGCUCUGACUGGUCUCACCGCCGAAUGUGCCGAUGCCGAUGCCCUUACCGUCACGGAGACUUGCACGGAGACUGUCGCUGCCGAGGCACUCACUACCACUGAGACUUGCACCGUCACCGACAUGACGACAAUGACUGUCUCAAACACGGUCAUCGACAUGUCUGUAACCACUUCCUACGCCGCCACAGCGACCAAGGUGCUCUUCCUCAACGCCACUGCCAAGGCACUUGCUGUCAACGAAACUAUCACCGCCACUGAAACGCUCAUCGACCUGUCUACGACCACUUCAUACGCUGCCACAGCCACAAAGGUGCUUUUCUUCGACGCUACUGCCAAGGCACUCACUGCCAACGCCACUGGGGGGCGGCGGCGGGCCCGAAUUCUUUCGUCACCUCGACGACGCCGUGCCCGGAGUCCUCCGCUUCCUUGGCCCGCGGCCGCCGUACCCGAAGUCAAGCAGUGCAUACACGUGAAUGCCACAUGGGUUCCGGUAAACUCAGCGCUCAACAUCAACAACUAUACUAGCGUUAUUGUCGACCCCGAAGUCGUUUGCUACAUCAACACAGUCGACACGGCCCAGAACCUGACUCUCGGCUUCCAGUUCCCCUCCCAGACCGUUUUCGUCGGUCCGCCGCGAGGGCUUGACUGGGUUUGCUGUGAGUUCACUUCCUCAGCUGCUUGUCCGGAUGCUCCGGCCACAAAACCGGAUACCCGGGGAUUAGUAUCGUGCCUCUUCUGA